GCGCUGGGGCCCCGCCCCCGCAGCCAUGAGCCGGAGGCCGCAGGUGGCCUACGUGCCGCCUCCCCAACCCGCCUUCCUCGCCCGCUUCGAGGAGGAGGCCGGGGGCCGCCACGGACCCACCGUGCACACCGAGAAAGAGCAGCCUCAAAUCCCUGAGGACGGUGAGACCAGCGACAAGGAAGAUGAGCAGCCCCAGGUGGUCGUGUUGAAAAAAGGAGAUUUAUCUGCGGAGGAAGUGAUGAAAAUUAAGGAGCAGAUAAAAUCCUCCAAAUCUGAUGAAGAACCAGUCCCAGCUGAUGGAAAAAUUAUGUUCAGGAAACCAGUCAAACGUUCCUCUGAUGAGAAGUAUAUGGGUUUGACUGCAAGCUCAAGCAAGAAGAAGAAAGAAGAAAAGAAAAAUAUGGGCGAUUCAGUAGCUCCAAAGAACACUCAGAAACAAAUUAAAAAUAGUAGCCUACUGUCAUUUGGCGACGACGAAGAGGAAUAUUAACUGCUCUAUGUAUUUUUGAUGUAACCUAUUCAUCGUUUUGACAGUGUAUUCAGCCAAAGUGGGGCUUUUCUUUUAACUCUAGUUUCAAGUUUGGCAUGUACUUAACAAUUGAAGUUUGAAGUAUGUAAAAUAGAGAUGAGCUGAAUUUUCUUUUUUUUUACAAAACUAUAAAUGGCUACUUGAGGUCUAAGAUCAGGAUUGGUCUGUAGGUGCUGGUAGAAAUUAGAGGUUAGCAUUUAACAAUCCUUCCAAGACAUGAAUUCAAAUUUAUGUAAUCCCUACGACAUGACAUUCUUAACAUGUAAUUGUAUAAAAACUGUAGCCCUCUUACUUACCUUUAAGGUGAGAGAGACAGGAUUUUGUGAUAGUGAUGUCCAGAUUUAAUGAUCUGCCUCUUCUGAAGCUUGCUGUGUAACUGAAAAGGGAGUUGAUCCAUCGCCUUGUUUUCCAUUUUCAAAUGUGAAAUUCAUUUGUAAAAUUUGAGUCUCUCGAAAUAAAGGUGCUGUGUCGCUAUAAAGUUUCCCUUUCUGAAAUAAUAGAAGAAAUGUUAAUUAAAGUUUCUGGUCUGAUUUGUUAAAAUUCUCAUGGCUCACUUUAAAAAUUUCUUACAAAUAUAUUUUAUAAGCAUGUUUUGGGGGGUCUUCAGAUCAUUUUUAUUUUAGGAAUUCUGUUUUGGCUUCAAAAUUUUGUUAAGCUUAGUACAUUUGUGAAGUCUACUCAUUAUAAUGUGUACAAAGGAGAAAAUAAGCUUUGAGAUUUUAUGGUGAUGUUCUUUUCAACAAAAGAAAUGUGAUAAUUCUCAAAUUCCUUGAAGCUGUCUAGAAGACUCUAUUGUAUUAUAACUUAAUAUGCAGCCAGAAGAAAAUGACUUGUCUUGCACAAAGAAUGCCAUAAAUUUAGUUUUUCAGUUUGUGGCAAUAGAUGUAAAUUAAUGGGAAAUGUAAAGCUUCAUAAAGGAGCCAAUUUGACAUUGCUGUGUGACAGCUGUUUUUAGUGUUAACUGCUAAUGUUUAAUACAGCUCUUAGUAAAGCAUACAUUGUAAAUAAAGUAAUUCUUGAACAUGUUCGUGAGUAUAAAUUAAAAAUAUUCCAUUAAAGAUGAAAUAGAAAUUUGGCAUUACAA